AGACAGAUAUGGUGCGUUUUCUGGGACGGCCGAUUCAUUUCCCCCCAGCUGGACCACCAAAAACUGAUUCCAGCUGCUGGUUUACGCAUGGGAUCAUCUGCCGUGGAGGUGUGAAUCUUUUACACAUGGUUUUAAUCUUCCUGUCUGGUUUUCUGUUCAUCUUCUUCUCAAUUGGCUUUUCUUACUGCAUCAGGCGUAAAAUUAGUAAGAGCCGAAUGGUGCGGGGUCCAAACAAGAUUUUACUGACUUUAAAUGAUGUCACAUUCAUCAACCCAUCCCUGAGCAAUAAGAAGCUGAUCUUGGAUGACAGCAAGGCCAGUGACUCGAGAAUGAGCAUUUCAGAGCGAAGCCUCAAGUCUCCAUUGUCUAUUCAGUCGCCAGCCACCUACGAAAAUACUAAUGUUGCCAUUUAUGAGGGUGAUUGGGCUUGGCUCAAAAGGCUUCCAUUUGGAAAUUUCUGGAACAUCACUCCUCAUACCAGUAAUGUGUUUGAACUGAUGAAAGAUAUGAGGCAUGAGAACGUUAACCCCUUUCUUGGCUUUUUCCACGACUGUGGGGUGUUUGCCAUAGUAACAGAGUACUGUUCGCGCGGCAGCUUGGAAGAUCUGUUGGUCAAUGAUGACGUCAAACUGGACUGGAUGUUCAAGUCCUCUCUCAUUCUAGACCUCAUCAAGGGUAUGAAAUAUCUUCACAACUGGAACGUCUGUCAUGGAAGGCUUAAAUCCAGGAACUGUGUGGUCGAUGGGCGUUUUGUGCUCAAAAUCACAGACUAUGGCUACAACGAGGUUUUGGAAGCUCAGAGAUUUCCUUAUGUUGAGCCUCCAGCUGAAACCCUUCUGUGGACCGCCCCUGAGAUAUUGAGAGAACCCUACCCUGGUCUAUAUGGCAGUCACCCUGGUGAUGUGUACAGUUUCUCAAUCAUCAUGCAAGAGGUGGUCAUGCGAGGGCCUCCAUUCUGCAUGCUGGAGCACUCUUUUGAUGAAAUUGUCCAGAAGGUCCGGAAGCCUCCUCCAAUGUGCCGGCCCAUUGUGUCCCCGGAUCAUGCCCCCAUGGAGUGUAUUCAGCUUAUGAAGCAGUGCUGGAAUGAACAGCCAGAGAAGAGACCCACAUUUGAUGAAAUCUUUGACCAGUUCAAGAAUGUUAAUAAAGGAAAAAAGACCAACAUCAUAGACUCCAUGUUGCGAAUGCUGGAGCAAUAUUCCUCCAACCUGGAGGAGUUGAUCAGGGAAAGGACAGAGGAGCUGGAAAUAGAGAAACAAAAGACUGAGAAACUCCUCACACAAAUGUUGCCCCCGUCAGUGGCAGAGGCUCUGAAGCUGGGCACUACAGUCGAACCGGAUCUUUAUUUCAGUGAUAUUGUUGGCUUCACCACAAUCUCAGCCAACAGUGAGCCCAUUGAGGUGGGUGACCUCCUCAAUGACCUUUACACAACAUUUGAUGCUGUAAUCGGCAAUCAUGACGUCUACAAGGUGGAGACCAUAGGAGAUGCUUACAUGGUGGCUUCAGGUGUGCCUGUGCCCAAUGGGAACCGACAUGCAGCUGAGAUUGCAAACAUGGCCUUGGACAUUCUGAGUGCUGUUGGCACCUUCAAAAUGAGACAUAUGCCUGAUGUACCGUUCCGCAUCCGAAUAGGACUUCACACAGGUCCCUGUGUGGCUGGUGUGGUGGGUUUGACCAUGCCACGGUACUGCCUGUUUGGGGACACAGUCACCACUGCUUCUAGAAUGGAGUCCACAGGAUUGCCGUACAGAAUCCAUGUCCAUUCCAGUACAGUAAAAAUUCUUAUGGACCUGAAGUUGGGGUACAAAGUAGAGCUGAGAGCCAGAACAGAACUCAAGGGCAAAGGUAUAGAAGAAACCUACUGGCUCACCGGGAGAGAUGGCUUCACCAAACCGCUCCCUGUGCCACCCGUUCUCAAGUCAGGGCAAAUGGCUCAUGGCUUGCAGAUGGAGGAGAUAGCCGCAUACAAGAAGCGGAAAGCAGAAGCACAGCUUGCAAAGAAGAAAAACUGAGACACAAAUCAAAAGAUUUUAAGGUGAUGCUUAAGAAGGCAGUGAGGAAGAUCUCCACUGUGC